CAUCACGCCAUCACUACAGGCAGCAGCCUGACGUUGCUGGAAGGCGGCGAUAGGAAACUCCCACAGAGACCCAGUCCGUCCAGUCCGAGUGGUCAAUUUGUGUUCGACCCCUGCAGGAGAUUCGGGACCAUGAGCGACCUCGGUGACCUCGAGGCCUCCUUAGAAUCCAACCUGACCAACGGGAGCGCUGCGGCCGACUGCGGCCGUGUCGACGAGCCGGCCCGCAUCUUCUUCCUGCUGGUCUACACGCUGGUGUUCCUGGUGGGCCUGCUCCUCAACGGCUUCACACUGAAGGUCUACUACUGCCGAGCUGGGCGGCAGCCGCGGGGCUCGGACGUCGUGACGGUCUACCUGAAGAACCUGGCGGCAGCCGACUUCCUGGUCAGCCUUUGCCUGCCCGCCCGGAUUGCCAACUACGCCACCGGCUUCGUCGCCGUCCGCCGCGUCUACUGCACCUUUGGGGCCUCGGCCUUCUACCUGAACAUGUAUGCCAGCAUCCUGUUCAUGGGCUACAUCGCGGCCAACAGGUACCUGAAGAUUGUCCAUCCAUUAGGAACUCACUUCCUGCAGACGGUGCGCGCUGCCCACGCUAUCACCGUGGCAACCUGGCUCCUCCUCCUGGCCCCAGUGGGGGUCUACGUCGUCAUGUCGCUGCUCACCGAGGAGCCACCGGCCUCCCUCCCGGCCUUUCCGAGCUGCAAUCUGCUGCACAGCGCGGUGCUCCACCGGCUCUACCAGGUGGUCCACAGCGCCUCUGCUGCCCUUUUCCUGCUGGUCCUCGUCUCGCUGGUCUUCUUCUACCGCGGCGUCUCCCACAGACUGGCGGCGGCGCAGCGGAGACAGCCGGCCUCUUCUGGCUCCAGGAAGCUGGCCAAGUCCCGCAGGAACAUGUUGGUGCUGGUCAGUGUCUUCUGCGCCUGCUUCGUGCCGUACCACCUGGUGCGCAUUCCCUACGCCUUCCUGGGGGGGUGGCGCCGUUGUAGCCAGGCCUUCUUCUACCUGAAGGAGCUGACCGUCAUGGUGUCCAUCCUCAGUGUCUGCCUGGACCCCCUCAUCUACUUCCUCUUCUGCAAAGCCUUCCGGGCUCAGUUCAGCCCGGGGAGGCGGCCCAGCUCCACGCAGGGAACCAACGGCGAGAGAAGGAGCAGUGACCCCCGGGUCAAAGGGGGGGGGCGGUUCUCGCUCGCCACCUCCACGAAGCUCAUCGGCGCGCUUUAAGGUGCACGAACUCAAAGAAUUUCUGUGCCGAGAAGACUUCAAAAAGUGCUUCAAAAAGAAGCAAAAAGGAAAUGUGUUUAAUGCUGCUGUUUGCUAAACUGUUGAUGACAUGUCUCACAAGCCUUUGAAGCCUCGAGUUCUGGUGGCUAAAAUACCAAAUGAAAUAAGCACCAAGGAGGUUGUAGAGUAAUUUUCUCAUAGACUUCUAUAGGACCAGAGGAGUCGCGCCCUGGUGGUCACUACAUAGAAUGCACCUUUAACUAUUAGAGAACCAGACGUUGCCUCUUGUUUACGGAUUGUUGCGAUUCAGAUUUUCAGAUUUUCAGAUUUUUAUUGCAAUAUUCAGAGAAGAGUUAAAGUUCCCACCAUGCGGCCGGGCUCUUCAUACCAUUGAGCACCUCGCUGUAGCUCUGCUAUCUGGUUUCUGCAUCUUGCUGCUGAUUGCGGUCUGCUCACAGAAACAGCUCCAUAUUUAUAUCAGAAACAGGAAGUCACCUGUUUAGUAGCCUGAAACAGGAAGGUGUUAGUUAACAAAUGAUUCUUUUAUCAGGUUCUUAUCUCCAUCCAGGUCUACUGCUGCAGGUCUGAAACAAACAUGUAACAAACAUGUAAAUAAACAUGCUAACAAACAUGUAAAUAAACAUGUAAACACACAUAAACAAACAUAAAGAGAAGCCACGAGCUGAGCGAUCACAAAUAGUGCACACACACAGACACACACACAUACAUUCCUACGUGUAAUUUAUAGAAAUGUAUUUAUAAUUUGCAUGAUUUUGCAUAAAUAAUAUUACAUUUACAGGCAAGGACAAUGUGUGAAUCUAAAGUUGUUGAUGGCUGUGAUGCUUUAAAGUUCUUUAGAUAUUUAAUUUGAGGGAGAAACUGGGGUAAUAAAUGCUAAUUAUAUGAUCCGAAUUAUGAUUUAUUUCAGUCACAGAAAAUGUUAUGAUAUAAAUGGACUGUACUUAUAUGAGAGUGUUGUUCUUUGUUUCGACCAGCAGGUGGCAGCAGAUACGAGCUAAUAUAUGUUACUCUUUUUUUAAUCAAUUUGAAAGAAACCAAAUAGUCACGAUGAUGAUUUGAAGACAUAUUCAUUAUCACAUCAAACGUAUUGAUUUAAAAAGAAAAACAAUUUGUAAAAUCUCAAAGUUAUUAUUAAAAAAGUAAACUCUAACAGAAGAAGGAUGAUACAUAUUUACAUAAAUAAUGUAUGAAUAAAUCUAUAACAUUUGAGUCUUUCAGUGUCUUUUUCUAGUCUUUUAGGGUCUCCUUAUAGUCUUUCAUUGUCUCUUUGUUCUCGUUUGGUGUCUCCUUGUAGUCUUUUGAUGUCCCUUUAUAGUCUUUCUUUGUCUCUCUGUAAUCUUUCAUUGUUUCUUUUUAGUCUUUUAGUGUCUCCUUAUGAAAAGUGUUAGUUAUGUCUCAUGGUGCUACCGUGCAAAUUACAGUCUGACUGUAAUAAAUAAACUCAGCUCUUA